GUCUAGAGACUAUGGGAGUCUCAGUAGAAGGUGUUACAGGUCUUGAUGAUUUGGUUUGUUUAUGUGAAGAGGAAGAAGUAUCAGAUCCAGUUUCGAGAGGACCAGGUGUUGAGAGUGUUGAUGGCGUUGUAGAAUGUUGUGAUCCUAGAAACAAUAAAUAUUUUAGGGAGAAUAUCCUGGAUUUACCAAAGUAA